AUGCCCCGCCUCCAGGUGACCCGGUGUAGCAAGGAGGAGAACUCCAAGCCAGCCGCGUCGCGCAGCAAGUCCAGCCCUCCGUCGUCAGGAGGCUCCCCACCCAGCAGCCUGGCCUUCCCCUCCAACAACCUGUCGCCGGACGGCAACCGCAGCCUGUCCAGCAGCGGCCUCCAGCGCACCUCCCUGUCGGGCGGCGUGCAGAACGCGACGCUGCGCUGCGACCUGCCCUCCCCCGCGGUGGCCGUGCGCAACCUGGUGGAGCAGGCCCAGCACGCUCACCUCUGCACCCUCAUGUCUGCCAUGCACCACCGGCGGGCGGGGUACCCCUUCGGCACGGUGGUGGAGUUUGCCGCCGACGGCGCGGGGCACCCGCUCUUCUCCCUCUCCCCCUUGGCCAUCCACACGCGCAACAUCCGGGAGGAUGCGCGGUGCAGCCUGGUGCUGCAGUUGCCUGGCUGGACGGGGCUGGCCAACGCCCGAGUGACCAUCUUCGGGGACGUCUACCCUCUGCCCAGCGACAUGCAAGAGGCCGCGCGCGAGAUAUUCCACCAGAAGCACGCCUCGCACGCGGGGGACCCUGCCAAGAAGUCCUCGCGCUGGCUCUCCGGCAACGCCCAGUACUUCCGCAUGCACCACCUGCGCGACAUCUACUUUGUGGGCGGCUUCGGCACGGUGCAGUGGGUGGACGCGGGGGAGUACGCCGCCGCGACCCCGGACGCCAUCGUCCUGCACGGCCCCACCGCCGUCCUGCGUGUGCUCAACGAGCGCUUUGCCGGCGCGCUGCGCGGCCUCUUCGGCGCGCGCGGCGGCGGCGCGGACGACGCCGUGGUCAUCUCCAUCGACAAGCUGGGGGCGGACGUGCGGGUGCGCCGUGCGGGCCAGCACGCCGUUGAGCGCCUCGUCUUUGACCAGGAGGUGGUGACGCUGGAGGAUGCCAUCGACAUCAUGCAGCGGCUGACCGCGCAUGUGGAGGCGUAG